CUUAACUAGGUUUGAUAGGGGAACAAGAACAGCCAUGGCAAUGAUGCAUGAUCUCUGUCCCAUGCCACAAACAUCAAAUUGUCCCUCGCGUUCUAGCAUCAAAGAAUCACCACAGCUACCAGAACCAAUUUCUCCUCUUCACUCAUUGCAGCCACCACUGCAUUCUAUUCCCAAUCCAGAAUCACCACAACCAUCAGAACCUUCUCCUCUUCACUCAGAGUCAUUGCAGCCAUCACCACCUUCUCGUCUUUACGCAGAGGUAUUGCAGCCAUCACCACCUUUUUCCCCCAACCAAGAAUCCCGACAGCUAAUCCCACAACAACGACACCUUAUCAUGGUUGACCCGGAAUCUCAACAAUUUAUUUCCAAUGUUGGUCAGCAGAAUCUGCAAUGGCAAAAUGCCAUACUUUCAUUUUGCUUUACAUCUGCUCUAGAAAUAUCUCUCCAGUUUGCAAAAACUCAGUCCAAACUACCUCUUUCCUUCAGUUUGGUUUCUUUUGCAAUCUUGAUUACCUUUGCCUUUCUCUUGCUUGCAAAGUUUAUCAGCAGGGAGCAUACCAAGGUAUCCAGAGUGUUGGAAAAUGUUGCAUUUCUCAUUGCUGCAGCUACAUUCUGCUACACCACCACAAUUCCCUUCCCAGUAGGCUUCAAGUUUGUUAUCUGGUCUAUCUUUUCCAUUUCCUUGCUUAUUCUUGUCAUUUACAAGUACUUCUGCCAUACUGCUGCUUAAAGCAAUACCAAGGCAUUUUUUCCUUGCAAAUUGCAAUUAAAUGAAGAUGGUCUGGCUAGAGCGUAGAGGGUUCAUAAAUACAAAGACUGUACUGUUGGGAAACUGCAUUAAUUUGGUUUUCGCUAGCCACACAGUAUAAGAUGAGCAAAGAUAGUAAAGAAGAUUUAUUGUU